UGAAAUACAUUUGAAUAUUGGCUAAAUAGUGAACAGAAUGUUAAUAAAUUUGAAAAUAUUAACAUUGGUGUUGGCAGUGCUGCUAAUCUGUGGCCCAUUGCCGUCGCAGGGGGCCAGACGCAAGACCACUCCCAUCAAUGAGGAACAAGAACAAACUCUGAAACAAUCGCAAAGUACCUUCGUUGAAUGGGUGCUGUCUUUGGUGCCUCAAAGGCCCAGCUUGGAGCCGUUAACAGGAUUUCUGGGAUUAGCAACAACCAGCACAGCUGCAACACCCACUGACAAUCCGCAUAGAACAACCGCAGCAGCUGAAGUCUCCAGUACCACAGAGAAAUUGACAACCGCAGCACCAUCGCCCUCAACUACUGUCAGUACCACAACAACAACAACGACUACCACCGCGGCACCGUCUACAACCCCCGCACCACCACCAGUUCUGAAUCCACCACGCAAUUGCAGUGACUGUGUCUGUGGUAUUGCGAACACACAAAAACGUAUUGUGGGUGGUCAAGAAACCGAGGUCCAUCAAUAUCCCUGGAUGGCUCAGCUGUUGUACGGUGGUCGUUUCUAUUGUGCCGGUUCACUGAUCAAUGAUCAAUUUUUGGUAACCGCAUCACAUUGUGUAUAUGGUUUUCGCAAGGAGCGUAUUAGUGUUCGCCUGUUGGAGCAUGAUCGUAAUGCAUCACAUUUCCAGAAAAUUGAUCGCAAGGUUGAAGAAAUUACCACCCAUCCAAAGUAUAAUGCUCGGACCUAUGAUAAUGAUAUUGCCAUCAUUAAAUUGAAUGAGCCCGUUGAAAUGACCGAUUUAUUGCAUCCUGUCUGUAUGCCGACACCGGGUAAAUCGUUUAAGGGAGAAACGGGUACUGUGACUGGUUGGGGUGCAUUGAAAGUUGGUGGUUUUACUUCGAAUACAUUGCAGGAAGUAAAAGUUCCCAUAAUGUCACAAGAUGAAUGCCGCAAAACACGUUAUGGCGCAUCACGUAUCACCGACAAUAUGCUCUGUGCCGGCUAUCCUGAUGGCAUGAAGGACAGCUGUCAGGGGGAUAGUGGUGGACCAUUGCACAUUGUGGCCACCGGCACCCGAGAACACCAAUUGGCCGGUGUGGUGUCCUGGGGCGAGGGAUGUGCUAAGCCAGGUUACCCAGGAGUCUAUGCUCGUGUCAAUCGUUAUGGCACUUGGAUUAAAACUCUGACCAAGAAUGCCUGUCUCUGUCAUUCGGAGACAAAGAAAAUCAAAAAGUAA